AUUAUAUUAUAGUCGGAUCCGAUUCAGGUCGUAUAGUCAUUUUAGAAUACAAUCCGGCAAAGAAUAAAUUUGAUAAAAUUCAUCAAGAGACAUUCGGAAAAUCUGGAUGUCGACGAAUUGUGCCUGGACAAUACUUGGCUGUAGAUCCGAAAGGGAGAUCAGUUAUGAUUGGUGCAAUCGAAAAACAAAAACUUGUUUACAUUCUUAAUCGUGAUUCUGCGGCUAAUUUAACUAUAUCUUCGCCAUUGGAAGCUCAUAAAUCACAUACAUUGGUACAUCAUUGUAUAGGCUUGGAUGUUGGUUUUGACAAUCCUGUCUUCGCUUGUUUAGAGGUAGAUUAUUCUGAAGCUGACCUUGAUCAUACCGGUGAGGCCUUUAAUAAUACUGAAAAGAUGUUAACGUAUUACGAAUUGGAUCUUGGUCUAAAUCAUGUUGUAAGAAAAUGGAGUGAUCCAGUUGAUGCACGAGCCAAUAUGUUAUUUGCUGUUCCUGGUGGUAAUGAUGGUCCUUCUGGCGUACUGGUUUGUUCGGAAAAUUUUAUAACGUACAAGCACCAACAUGCACCUGAACUUCGUGUGCCAAUUCCACGACGCAAGAAUCCGCUAGAGGACCCAUCGCGCGGGCUCAUAAUUGUUGCUGGUGUUAUGCACAAGAUGAAAGGAGUUUUCUUUUUUUUACUACAAAGUGAAGAAGGUGAUAUAUAUAAAGUCACACUUGACUACGAGGACGAUAAGGUGAAGGCAAUUAAAAUUAAGUAUUUUGACACCGCGCCCAUCGCUGCAUCAUUAUGCAUACUCAGAGCUGGUUUUCUGUUUGUAGCUGCGGAAUUCGGAAAUCACCGACUAUAUUCAUUUACAAGUCUUGGUGAUGAUAAUGACGAACCAGAGUGGUCCAGCGAAAAUUUUAUGGACACCGAUCUAAAUCAUCCUGCGUUGGCAUACUUUAUCCCGAGAGAGCUACAAAAUUUAGAACGAGCUGAUGAAUUAGAAAGCCUAAAUCCACUAAUUGAUGCCAAGGUUCUGAACCUUACAGAUGAUGAUACACCGCAAUUGUACGCUUUAUGUGGAAGAGGCUCCGGCUCAACUUUCCGGAUAUUAAGGCAUGGGCUAGAAGUAUCUGAGAUGGCGGUUUCUGAACUACCUGGCAACCCUAAUGCCGUUUGGACCACUAAACUUAGAUCCGAUGAUGAAUUUGAUGCUUAUAUUAUUGUAUCAUUUGUAAAUGCAACAUUGGUACUAUCCAUCGGGGAGACUGUUGAAGAAGUAACUGAUACCGGAUUUCUUGCUACAACGCCCACGCUGGAUGUUCAUCAACUUGGCGACGAUGCAUUACUCCAGAUAUAUCCUCAAGGAUUGAGACAUAUCCGUGCUGAUCGCCGCGUAAAUGAAUGGAAAACACCUGGCAACAGAGCCAUAGUGAAAGCUACAACCAACAAACGUCAAGUUGUUAUAGCAUUAACUGGUGGUGAGCUCGUUUAUUUUGAGUUAGAUAACCAAGGACAGUUGAAUGAAUAUCAAGAACGCAAAGAAAUGACAGCGAAUGUACCAAA